CGGCCGGGGCGGGGCGGGGCGGGACAGGCGCGGGGGGCCGCCCCAUCGGCUCCCCCGCGGCCCCGGCCCAGCCUGGCGCGGCACCUUCACCCGUCGGUCCUAACGCCCGGGGACGCCCCACGCUGUGGCGGCGGCGGCGGCGGGGACAGCAGGAGCGGCGGCGGCGACAGCAGAAGCGGCGGAAACAGCAGAAGCGGGGUACUGUCUGACGGGGGCGCCGGAAACCUCUCCCUGUCCACCUACACGCUCGCCCGCGCCCUUCAGAACGCGACGGAAGGCGAGGAUCUGAGUCUGCUGUCCACGCCCUUGCACCACGCGGCUCCUGGCAUGGGCGCUGACGGGCUGACGUGUCCCUUCUGCGGCAGGCGUUCCAAGAGGCGUGACCACCUUCGCCUGCAUAUUCGAACGCACACUGGGGAGAAGCCGUACAGAUGCCCGUAUUGUGACCGGCGGACGAACCAGAAGAACAAUUUGAAACUCCAUAUUAGGAAUGUUCACCCAGGCCAGCCCUUCCAUGUAUAGACACACACACACACACACACACACACACACACACACACACACAGACUUGUUUUCCCUAUCUUGUCUAACCUAAACAGAACUAUAUCUUAAACACACACACACACACACACACACACACACACACACACACACACACACACA